AUGAGGGAACCAGAACCGCCUCGCCAAUGCAGGGUGACAGGGGAGGUCUUGGAUGUCUGGUCCCUGGAGAAAUGGAUGGGACAGGUGAAGAACUGGAGGCUAGGAAAACAGUCUCCUCCUUGGGGACUCAACAGAGGACCUGUUGAUUUCUCUUUAAUCUGUCAGAAGGUGGAGGAAAAGAUGGGCUGCCAACAGUCUCUUCAAGGAUCAGACGUGUCCAAAGUCCGCACCAUUUACCUCAAUGAGCCCAUUAGGAACAACUUCUGCAAAAACUCCAUCAGUGAACCUGAGGCAACAUGUUAUGUUGCAACAUCUAACCUGGAUGGGGAGACAAACCUAAAAAUACGGCAGGCUUUGUUAGAAACAGCUGAAGUGCAAACAGAACAAUUGUCAAGCCUCUCUGGAAAAAUAGAAUGUGAAGGACCUAAUCGUCAUUUCAAUACCUUCAUUGGAACCUUGUAUCUAAAUGGUAAAAGGUAUCGUUUUUCUCUUAUUGAACAUUUUUUUUAAAUGGAACAUAAAAUAUGGCCAUUUUUGUUCUCUCAG